CCGCUUUGUUUCCUUUGCAAGCUAUGGCUUUUGCCUUUCAUUGGCAGACGAAGUUAAAUUAACCGUUGGUCUGAGUCCCUGCGAACAAUUUUCUGAAAAGUGUUUGCGUUUUUACGGCUUUUAUCUCAAAACUUUUUAACCACCUGUUUUCUACAUUAUAAAACGUAUGAAAUGAGCGGAAAAUAUUUAGGCUCGUAUGUGUCUGUUGACUGUGGGGAAUUGUUUGGUUGUUACCAAGGCCAAGUAAGCAAUGUGGAUACCUUUAAUCAAACAAUAAGUCUGAAAGAUGUUUGGAAAAAUGGAUUGAAAUCGUCGACUGACGAUGUAACAUUGCUGGCUAAAGAUAUACUUAACCUUUCCAUCAUUCCGUCACCUAAGGAAGACAAAAUAGAAAACAAAGCAGAUAUUGAGCAUUUGGAAUCUCAGCGGAUUAAAAAGAACAGUGCCAGGGACUCUCCAAGAAAAUUUGAUCCUUAUACAAGUUUUUCUUCUCAAAUAGCCCUGCCAGACACACCAAGUAAACUAAAUAAAGUAAAAGGAAAAGCUGGGAAAGAUGAUGUUUGCUUUGGAACUGAUGUCAAUAUGGAAAAGGAUUUUGAUUUUGAAACCAAUCUAGCACUCUUUGAUAAGAAAGCUGUAAUGGGUGAGAUAACAUCAGGUAGACAACAAGGCCCACCGCCAGGUCCUGGAACCAGAACAGUGUCAAACUUUCGGCAUGAUGAAAAUGUUCUUGAAACAUUACCACCUACUUAUCGUCAAAUUCACCUUCCAUCACCAUCUGCAAAGGAGUUUCUCACUGAUGCAGGUCUAGUUGUACCCAGUGCAACUGCUGAACUGCGCAAAGCUAUGCAAGAUUCUAUGGAGAAGCUAGGCAUAAGUCUUGAACGGAGAUCAGAAUCCAUAGCCAGGGCUGUUGCAGAGGUUGCACUACAUUUUGUUGGUGGCCCUCACCGUUUGACACCUAAAAACUCUCAUCAGAAGCCAGUUGUUGUAGUUUUGUGUGGUAACCAUCCAGAAGCUGCUGGUGCUGUCUGUGCUGCUCGUCAUUUGGCCACAUUAGGAGUUCAAACUGUUGUCUACUUACAAACAUUGACUGUGUCACAUUAUUUGAAGAAAGAAAUUGAAUUGUACAAACUCACAGGGCAAUCGGUCAUCAACAACGAAAAACACUUGCCCUCAGCUUCUGUUGAUUUGAUCAUCGCAUCAUUGCUUCCUCCAACUUGGGUAGGUGGUGACGAAAUCCCCAAAAUGAAAGGGAUCAUCGAAUGGGCAAACAAACAGCGUGCCCCAACUAUGGCAAUCGAUCAACCUCCAUAUGCAGUCAUUAACACAAUCUCCUGGUUGGAUGUUAAAUGCACUUUGUCAGCUGACUUGCCAUUGGCAUACGGUGAUCGCGAUGGAAAACUGUACCUGUAUUCACUCUCUACCCCACGCAAGAUUUUCCAGUCUUUAGGUAUUGAGUAUGAUUCACCGUUUGGCUCAAAGUUUGUUAUUACUUUACACGAAGCUUGCUGAAAACCACCACCUAAAAGACAAUAAAAUCAUUUUGUGUAUACCAA